CUACGAGCAAACCUGGACUUCGAACGACGAUCGAUCGUCCUCCGAAAUACCGGAGGAAAACCCUACGCUGUGCCCAUGCGAUUGACCCUUCACACUACUAUUAACACGGUUCCACGGGUUUCGCCGAUGAUGGCAGGGACUUUCCGCAUGAUCGCCAGGGAUGAAUCUGCAGACGGAAAGUCAUCAACAAAAGAUGCAGACAACAGUGACGAAGAUGAUACGGAGAUCUUGAAGUUGGCACGACAACGUAUUCGUUACCCGCCGCCCAAAACGAUAGCGAGAACGAUGCAACUGACCAACCGAAAAUUUCAAAGGACCAAGGCGAUGAUCUUGGGUGAGCCCCUCGUGCAGAUUUCGAGGAUGGUCGAUUCUUUGGAACCCCCUCAAACUCUGUACGAAGGGAUCACGCCUCUCCUCGCCCAGUACAACGACAAGAAGCAUUACUGUGACAUUACGGAUCUACCCAAGUCCCUACUAACCUCGGCUAAAGAAGUGAGAUUGUUACGCUUGGGGGCGGAAGCAAGCUCUCUGGAACCCCCUAGGCGUUUUGAAGCAGAAACAGACAAACUGGGGAUAAAGAUCGCAACUAAGGAAGUGCCAUGGCAGGAUUUUUGUGACGGGAUUACCCCGGAAGGACACGUGGCAAUCCGAGAAGAAGAUGCUCAGAUGAUGGUCACGGUGUUCUCCUGGCGAUCGGAUCAUUCAUUCAUCUUGGCGCCUCCACCCAACUUGACAAAACAGGCGAACACGAAACAGAUUGACGUUCGGAUCUGGGACCAACUUUUUGAAUUGCAUGUUCCACAAUAUGUGCCGGAUGAAAUCCACCGGGUAAUUGCGGAUAUUCUAACGGACUAUCAAGGAGCGAUUAGUGUGUCAGACACUGACAUUGGGUUGUCAUUAGUAAUCCAACAUGAAAUUCAAACAGGAAAUCACACCCUGAUUCAUUGCAAACCUUAUCGCUAUUCCUUGAUUGAACGCAAAAAGGCUCUCGAACGAAUUCGGGAGUUCGAAGCCAGCGGCUGGAUUGAACCCGCUACCGGACCUUGGUCCUUUCCCGUAGUAUUAGUACCGAAGAAGAACGGGGCAAUUCGCAUUUGCAUUGAUUAUCGCAAGCUGAACGAAAUCACGAUCAAAGAUAUGUAUCCCCUCCCCCGGAUCGAUGAUCUGUUGGAUGCGAUUGGAUGCGCUAAUUAUUUCAGCAAGUUUGAUAUUCGGCAUGGCUUCCAUCAUAUUCUGGUAAGGGAAGAAGAUCGGUCGAAAACGGCCUUUGUGUUGUUUGAGGGUACAUGGCAGUGGGUUCGGUGUCCGAUGGGGAUUUGCAAUGCGCCUGCCACGUUUCAGCGAGCGAUGAACAUGACGUUCCAGAACUUCGUCAACAAGACACGGCUGACACAAGGAAUGAUUAACUUCUGUGUAAUCGUGUACAUGGACGACAUCCUGGUCUAUUCGGAAACCUAUCACGGACACGCGCAACACAUCGAAUGGACAUUGGGUGCAUUGAGAGACGCUGGGUUCAAGAUUGCGCUUGAGAAGAGCGAAUUUUUCCUCUCGAAAAUUUCGUUCUUGGGCUAUGUUGUGACACGUGGAGGAUUACGGCCAGAUUCGAGAAAAGUUGCGGCGGUGAAGGAAGCUCCGAUUCCUACGUCACUGACGCAGGUUCGAGCCUUCUUGGGACUGCCGUCGUACUACCGACGCUUCAUCAAGGGCUUUGCCGCGAUUGCACGACCACUAACGAAUCUGCUACGGAACGACCAACCUCUCAGCUGGGACGCGGAGUGCCAGCAGGCCUUUGCAACCCUCAAGGACGCUCUGGCAACGACCCCUAUUUUGAUUCGAUCGGACUCCUCGAAGCAGUUCAUUCUUAUCACGGACUGGCAGCCGGAAGCUAUUUCCGCUAUUCUAGCGCAGAAGGGGAACGAUGGUCGCGAACACGUCAUCGAGUAUGCGUCACGAACCGUAAUGGACGAACGAAGAAACGACUCCGCACCUCAGGGUGAGUGUUAUGCGGUAGUUUGGGGAAUCCAACACUUCCAUCCGUACCUUUACGGACAGAAGUUUCGCCUCGUAACGGAUCACGAGCCUCUGCUGGCGCUAAAGAAACUCACCAAUUACACGGGCAUGAUUGGCCGCUGGGCGGUGCGACUACAAGAAUACGACUUCGAUAUCGUCCAUCGAAAGACAGAGCGACACGGCAACGUGGACAGGCUGACAUGUCUGCAUCGACCUGCCAAGCCCGGUCAUCAGGAUCUCAUCACGAAAGAGCUCACGAUCCCGGUAGCAGAGCUGGCGGACGAUCUCCCUCUCGACAUCAUCUCGCAAGAUGACGAGCAUCCAGUUCCCCACGUACUUUCUCGCACAUUGACGCCUUAUCUUCAGUGGUCGGCUUGCGUAGAAGGAGCCGCACAGCGCAUCCCGCCGUCGCAGCAACAAUACCUGGAUCCCCCGACGGCUCGCGAUCCUGCCUUCUUCAGGCAUCCUACGGCGGAGCAGCUUGCGGCUAUUCGAGAAGAAGAGGAGGAGGAGGAGAGUACCGGGAGUGACGAAAACAAAGAGCUCGGGGAAGAAGACGAAAUCCCCGAAGAAGGAAGCUAUAGCGCGCAUAGCGAGGGGGAACAGAGCGAAGAAGAAGAAGAAAGCGAGGAAGGAGAAGAGGAGCACGACGAAGAGCCUGUUGGAUCGGAGUGGGAAGCCGUGCCAGAAGAAGCGCUGCGUACGGGUACGGAGGCUGAGGAUCCCGAGGCGGCCCGCAAAAGAGAAGAGAUCGCGGCCGGGAAGAAGGAGUUAGAGCUCGCAAGCGCGCGUGGUGGACGGGGUGGGUUCGGUAGGGGCUUCGGCCGCGGAGAUCGUGGAGACCGUGGGCGUGGGCGAGGCGAUCGUGGUCGUGGAAGGAGAGGUCCGAGGAGGGAGGAGGCGGAGGCGUGGGUUCCUGUCACGAAGCUGGGGAGGCUCGUAAAGGAUGGGAAAAUCAAGUCGCUGGAACAGAUUUAUCUCUUCUCCCUUCCAAUCAAGGAGCAUCAGAUUGUGGAAUACUUUCUGGGUGCAGCGCUGAAGGAUGAAGUAAUGAAGAUCAUGCCCGUGCAAAAGCAGACUCGCGCUGGGCAGAGGACAAGGUUUAAGGCCUUCGUCGUUGUCGGCGAUAGCAACGGGCACGUCGGCCUGGGUGUCAAGUGCUCUAAGGAAGUGGCCACGGCCAUCCGUGGUGCCAUCAUCUUGGCAAAGCUCUCUGUCAUCCCCGUGCGGCGUGGAUACUGGGGUAACAAGAUUGGCAAGCCUCACACUGUUCCAGCAAAGGUCACAGGGAAGUGCGGCUCUGUCAGCGUCCGGCUGGUGCCCGCUCCACGAGGUGCCGGAAUUGUGGCGGCGCGAGUGCCCAAGAAGGUGCUCCAGUUCGCCGGUAUUGAGGAUGUGUUUACGUCGUCCACUGGCUGCACGAAGACCCUCGGAAACUUCGUUAAGGCAACCUUCGCAUGUCUGUUGAAGACGUACGGGUUCUUGACUCCGGAACUCUGGAGGGAAACCCGUUUCACUCGCUCGCCAUUCCAGGAGUUCACGGACUUCCUUGCAAAGCCCAUCAAGAGCGUCGUCAUCGAGGAGGUGGACAAGRCGCCGGUGUACUAGAGAUGAGGUCRCUGAUUGUCCGAGUUUGUCUUCAACAUCUCUUGCUUUUAGUUGCUGAGGUGCCGUGUACGGCGGCGGAGAUAUGGGGGAAGGCCAGGCUUCAGGUAGUUGUUGAGGUGGAGAUAUGGGGGAAGGCCAUGCUUCAGRUAGUUGUUGAGGUGCCGUGGACGGCGGCGUAGAUAUGGGUGAAGGCCAUGCUUGUGGUAGCUGUGUUYUGCCCGGUUAGGGAAUGACUGAGACAUUUUUCGACAUCAGGGCCUUGUCCGCGAAUUGUGAAAGGCAGACCUGUUAAGGAAUGGCGGUAUCAAGAGUCGGGCAGGGGAGAGCUGGCUGAGUCCUGUAUGUGGAAAGGGAUUGUUUCGUGUGUUGUGAAUGCGUAGUACCGUCUUCGACGGCCGGCCGAGGUCUGAACGAGAUAUUGGGUUAUUAUAGAGAACUCGAACGUUGAGACGGGUGGAUGGUAUUGGUAGAGCUGUUUCAGACAGUGAAGAGGGAUUAGGGCGCCGUUUUCUGGCAUUUUGUGUUUCGGCAUCCUGGAAAACAGCCGAAAACUGAGAAUG